AUGACCGGGGGUCCAAGGCUCUUCUGGACUGCACUGUCCAGCACUGCGAAGACAUCAACGGUCCUCCAGAUCUUACUAUUCCUUCCGCUUACUCUCAGCACACUCGGGACAGCGGGCUUCCUCUCUCUUUCCCUUCUUCUCUUCCUUCACGCCCUCAUUCAUGGGACUUUGCUUCUCGUUUGGGACUAUAAUCCUGCGCUCAGCGUUAUGCAGGUCCCGAUGCACUCCUUCCUCCUCUUGGUAUGCUUCAACACGUUUACGGAAACGGGGAUGGGAAAGGACUGGAUGAUAGUUGCGUCUGGGUGGUGGGGCAAGUUCUUGAGUUUUAGCAGUCCUGGUUUCAUCAUAUUGGAGGGGCUGUCCAGUUUGCUGGUCGUGCAGAAACUGGGUCAAGAGGGAAAGCAGCUUGUGAGCGAGGGCGAAGACCGCGUUCAGUUCGGUCUACUCAUUGGUGCGGCGGUUGCCUAUGUUGCUUCUGCGUGGUGGAUUGUUAUGGCGUACCCAACAGCAGCAACAUCACCCCUCUCUUCAACACUGCUAGGUGUGGCGCUCACAGCCUUCCUAUUCCUAACUUUCAUUGGCUUCGGCCUGCGACGCACGAACAUUAUCGAGUCGGCGGGCCUUUCCCUUUUCCUGGCGUACAAUGUCUGGUUAUGUGGCUUCGAUCAGAAGGCCUUCACAGAUCCUGCUUCGUCCUACGCGCCGUUACUUGGGAACAUCAUUCCUCACUUGCAAACGCUUACCAAUUUUGUGUCGAACACACUUCCGAAACCUGUGCUUAUCGCAUUGGUCUAUAGAUUGACCGUAUUCCACUUUGCUUCGCACAUCCUGCCUGCCAUUGGUGCGGAUAGCUGGGACUACGAGGGAGCGAUGGACGAUGCAGAUACACGGCCUACUGCCAAGGUUGCCCGGUUCAUGCUGACCUACCGUCAAGCCAUAUUUGUGACGGUUUACUCAAAUCUACUGUUACUUGACCAUUCGUCGCAAAUCUGGUGGCGAUGGAUCAAUAUAUUUUUUACUCUCGUCAUCUGGUCGAUUGAACUUCUUGUGAGCACGGACGAUGAUAUCGUCACCAAGGAAUGGAAAGUCCAAUAG